AUGCCUUCGUCGCCCAAGCGCAGGAAGGAACGCGAACGUCCCAGACGCCGAAAGCGUUCCAGGGAUCGGAGCGACAGAGAUCGAUCCGGAGGGCGUGACCGCAAACGUUCAUCUGAACGGGAAAGGGAUCGAGACCGUGAUCGGGACCGAGGCAGACGGAAGUCGCGAUCCAGAUCCAGAUCGCGUUCGAGAUCGAGGUCGUACGAACGCAAUCUAGAUAAACCGACGUCCUCGCGUCGUGCUGCCCAAAUGAAGCCCAUGGUACCGGAAUCUGAACUUGAAGGCAAAACACCCGAAGAACAAGAAAUGCUUAAAACGAUGGGCUUCUGCGGGUUCGAUUCUACAAAGGGCAAAAAGGUCGAAGGCAACGAUGUCGGUGAAGUGCAUGUCAUAUUGAAGCGCAAAUAUCGGCAGUAUAUGAAUCGCAAAGGAGGAUUUAAUCGGCCGCUGGACUUCGUGGCAUAA